AUGCCGCCGAGCCGCCCAGCAACCGAGCCGCCGAGCCGCCCGACAGCCGAGCCGCCGAGCAGCUGGCCGUCGAGCCGCCACUGUCACUGCCGAGAGCCGCUGCCACCGUUGUUGCAGCCCUGCUCCUCCCGGCUGCGCCCCGGCUCUACCCACCCGGUCUGGCAGUGGAGGGGGGUGGGGGUGGUGGUGGGAGUGGUGGCGGGGGUGGAGGUGUCGGUGGCAGCAGUGGAGGGCGGAGGAGGCGGCGGCGGUGGCGGAGGGAGCGGAGGCGGCGGAGGUGGCGGAGGCGGCGGAGGUGGCGGAGGCGACGGAGGUGGGCGGAGGAGGCGGCGGCAGCGGUGUGAGCUGGUCGCGGCUCUGCGCAGAGGAGUGGGUCCGGUGGCGGUCCGCGCCAGCAGCAGCAGCGCAGUCGUGAGACCCUGUCCCCUCAGCAGCUUCGUGAGUGGUACGCUGCGCGUCAGCGCGGUGGGGGUACUGGUCACCUGCACCUACGUCCUCCGUAUCGGCGACCGCGCUGGUGAGCAGUGCGGGGGCCCGCACUCCACCCAGCGCUGCUUCGGCCGCCUGACGUACGCGUGGCGUCACCAGUUCCCUGACGCCUCUGAGAUCCCUUGCUGGGGAGAGCUGUCUAGGGCGGGGGUUGCUAUCUUUGAUCUUGAUUAUGAUGCUAUUCUUGCUGCCAUGUCAGCUGUGUCUAAUAGUGUUGAGGGUGACUGUUACCUGUGUGUUCCGCCUGACCCGAGCAUUGAGGCUGCUGCUCUAGGUGUUGGUGAGGCUGCUGCUCUAGGUGCUAGUGCGUCUGCUGCCCCAGGUGCUGGUGAGUCUGCUCUCUCAGGUACUUACGUCGCUCAGGCCUUACACACCUUCACCCUUGACUCGGGUGCUUCCCGCUCCUUCUUUCGAGACCGCACCACGCUUACGCCGCUUAGUCGGCCGGUUGCAGUCUCCCUGGCGGACCCCUCUGGGGAUCCUAUCCUUGCUAGCUUCUCCACUGUCUUACCGUGCCCGGCAGCCCCCUCUGGCACCCUGUCAGGUCUCUACCUCCCCUCGUUCUCUACGAACUUGGUGAGUGGUGCUGAUCUACAGGAUAGGGGGGUUGACCAGUUCACUCCUGCGAGUCAGCGGGUGACCCACUGCACGUGUGCUCAGACAGGCCGACACUUGGCCACGUUCACACCGUCGGCCGAGACUCUCCUUUGGCACCACCGCCUUGGUCACCCCUCCCUGCCUCGUCUCCGAGGCAUGGCCUCCCGUGUCCUUGUCUCUGGUCUCCCCCGGUCUCUCCCUCCCCUACCUCCGGGGCCUGCCCCUACCUGCGUCCCCUGCGUCGAGGGGCGACAGCGCGCCGCCCCUCACUCCUCCGAGUUUCCUCGGACAGAGGCUCCGCUGCAGACUCUUCACAUGGACGUGUGGGGCCCCGCCCGCGUCCGUGGCCAGGGGCACGAGCGUUACUUCCUGUUGGUGGUUGACCACAACUCGCGUUACACCACAGUCUUCCCCUUGCGCAGCAGGGGUGACGUCACUGAGGUGUUGAUCGACUAG